CUGCUCUCCCCCUCCCGUGGGGGAGUGGGGCUGCCCGUGGCGAACGCCUGAGCCGCUCCCGCCGUGCGGGGCUUGCGCUGCUGUCCGGGCUCCCCGCUCCCGCAGAGCUCCCCUGGCUCAUCCCGCGUGUAUCGGCGUGUCUGCUUCUUCGGAGCCGGCGGGCGACGGAGUGACUGGGUCCCUCUGGGUCAUAAUCCGAGCAGGCACUUAGCAGUCAGCUACAUGGACAAGAAGGACCCCUAUGGGGGCUUCCCGCGGUCGCACAUGCGUAUUGAAGGCAGUAGGAGCCAUGUUUGCUAAGGGCAGCCCUCUCAAAUAAUAGAGGAGCGAAGCCGGGGUGCGCAGCCAUCUUGGAGGUGGGCUGCGGAUAGACCGGUUCCCAUUGGUUUCCAGGGCAACCCCCGACCGCCAUCUUUGUUUAGGGCAAAAUCUGGCGGCUCCGAUGAGGUGAAUCUAGGGGGACCAGUGAUACUGGGGUGACCCAGCACUGAGGAUGUGAGCCUGAAACAAACCAGCUGCUGUAUCUUUCAGGGGACCCAGAAUUUCGGGGGUUUCCUGCCCCAGAGAGUCAGGGGAGUGAAACUGAUGAUCGCUAUUUUUCGAAGGGUCAGUAUUUUGCUGCGGGUGGACAGUUCUUGCCGGCAGAAGAGACAUGCUGGGGUAGAUUGAACUGCCCGGUGUGUGUUUUGGGGGGCCCCAGCACUUUGGGGUGAAUUAGCACCAUUUCCAGUGGAUACAACUCAGGGGUGAAAUUAACAAGGAGCCAUAUUUUUGGAGGUGUCCCAGCUCUGCCCCCAGCCCAGAGAACUCAGGGGGCGAAAUCAACAAGGAUUUGUCUCUGUUGGUUGAAGGGAUAUUUUGGGGUUCUGUUAGCCCUGGCGCCGGCGGAUAGAAUUGGACCUUGACAACACACAUCCAGAUUGGCUAAGGGACCAGUAUUUUGGGGUGAAGGACCCCAGGCCCAGCAGAGACAACUGAGGGAGUGAAACUUACGAAGAUUCAGAUCUUUGGGUGACAGCAACUGCCAGGGGGACUGAAAUUAACCCAGACACGGAGGAAAUUCGUGGCUAUUGUGGGGUGAAGGGUUUCCGAUACGGCAAAAUCAAGGAGCUGGCGUCUGGUUCUGGGGAGCAGCACGGGACCCUGACCUAACCAGGUUUUUGUGGAAGCCGGCUUCAGAGGGGAAAACGCCCCAGAGAGAGUUUAGGGGAGGCUGGUGCGUUGGAGAGGCGAGCUGGCUAGUCCCCCAAGGUCUGGACCCCUCUCACUGCUCCCUCCGUCCCGUCACACCCCAGUGCUGAUUUUAUUUGGGGUGCUGGAUUCUCACCGGUUUCCUCCCAUGUCCCUAAACAGAGCCAAGGCCUGGCUGACAAAACUCCCUUGGUGGGGGCGUGCGGCAGGAAAAGAGGGUGGGCCGACGGAGGCCCCCCAGAAAUCCCAGUGGUGGGGUGCCCGGCGCCUCCUGGCUCUGAUCGGAUGGGGACGUGCCGGGGAUCCGGGCCCCGCCCCGGGAGAGGGCCUCUUCUCUAGAAUCUCACAGGUCCCUCAGUAUCUGUCCCCCAACCAGCCGUCGCCUGACAUCCCGGAGCAUUUCCAGAUCUGUUUCAACUUUGCCCGGCACCUGUUUGAUCUCUGCGUGGUGACUCUGCUCUGUGCCUGCUCCCCGGCUUUCCGGCUGCUCCUGGAUAUUUUGGGGUUCAGGGGGCCCCUGAAAGUCUGGCUCCACGGUCUGGCCACCUUCCUUGUCACCACUUACGGGAUGUACCUGGCCCUGUGGCUGGUCCAGAAAUACCUGCUGCAGUUCGCUUGCCUCUACGGCUUCCUGCAGACCCUGGUGCUGUGCGUGAGUAUCCGGGCCGCCGAGGAGGAGGAGGAGAGCGGAGGCAUCCCGGGGGGAGUGGACCCUGGUGGCGGGGCAGAGGCAGAGAGGACGGAGUGACGGCCCCGCCCAUCCACCUCGCGCCUCUGCAAUAAACCACAAGGUCACCAGCGUCUGGGGGUGUGUGCGAGGACCGAGCUCCGCCCACUUUCCACGUGGAGACACGAGACUCCGCCCCCCGGCACUGUGGGGGUGAGGGCACCAGGACCUUGCCCCGCCCCCCUUGGGUACAGAGACACGAGCCUCCACCCCCUGGGACUUGUGAGAGGGGGCGGGGGAGUGGCUGGCUCAGGAGUGUGUGGGGGGGUGUCAAAACCACCGCAGGGAAGGAACCAAUCAGAACUGCUGGGAUCCCGCCAAACUGCAGGUGGAUCUGCGGGGGAGGGGGAAGCGGAUCGGAACCGCUGCGGGUCAGGGAGGGCGAAGGGAUUUGGGACCACAGGGAAGGGAGAAAUGGGGAGGGGGGUAUCCGGGGGCUCAGAACCAAGGGAGUGGAGCUAGCUGAGCCGUGGGAGGAGGGAUUCUGUGUUGGGGGGGUGGGGUGGGGUCUCUUCUUAGCAAUAACCCCUUUCCUUGGUGGCGGAUGCCAGGGGAGGGGACCCCCGGGGAGGGGUCUGACAAUGGAGAUGUGGGGGGUGAGAGGGAGAGAACAUGACAGAGGGAGUGGGGAGGUCUAAACCCCCCGCCCCACAUCCCGGGCUCCCAGCUGGGGUGAUCCCAUGUUCCCGCUCUAGAACGAUCUACGACAUGACUUGGGUCUCCCAGCUCAGGUGUGGUGGGGAUAGACACUGUCACCCUCUUGUAGACCAGCCCCCCACCCCAUCGCUUCUAAUCUUGCUGCUGAUCUAGAGUGAACACCAUCACCGUGGUGACAUUAUUUAGAACUGACCGCCGCAGCCAGCCUUCAGGGCAUGUGCUGUGGUCUUUAAGGAACACUACAUCCCAUCCCUACGCCAAAGUGAUCUAGAACAAGCCAGAUGGGAAAUACAAGGCAUGAUUCAAAACUUUGGUGACCAAUCUAGAAACAAGAGGUGCCGGUGAUAGUCUAGAACGUGUCACCAACCCUACCGGCACUACGUGCUACUGGGACAGGCCAGUACACGAUCUAGACCCUGCUGUUAUAAUCUAGAGCUUCUCCUGAGGGAGGCCUGCUGGUCUGGAGGCUAGAGCCAGUCCCUGUGGGAAGCCUCUGGCAUCUGACCUAGAAAAGACCUCUGGUCUCUGCCUCUUUGCCAUCAGCCAUCACACAAGCUCUAGAACUAAGCCCCUAUUUGACACAGUCUAGAGCAACACCAAGUGCCCGCUUUGCCACACAAUCCAGAGCGAGCCCCCUAUCUCUGGGGUACACUCCGUCUCCUUGUGACGAUUCUCACCAGCAGCCCCCUGUCGCUCUGCAAUCUAGAACGAACCCUCCGGCUCCUGGAUGUGAUCUAGAAGGUCCACUCCCCUUGCCUUGUGUUCUAGCCCAUGCACUCGCUGCUGAGAUACCAUCUAUUGCAGCCCCCAGUACCUCCCUCUGUGAUCUACACUGCUCCAGAGACCCGGUGUGAUCUAGAACAUGCUCUGAGACACAGUCCAGAACCCCACCCCUCUUUGUGCUAAAAUCUAGAGCACCCUCAGCCCUGCCCAGAAAUACCCUAGAAUAAGCCUUAGGGUCUGGAGUCUACAGGAAGCUCCCUUCUCCCAUGCAUGAUCUAGAACAACUUUCCCACCAUCCCUGCUCUUCCACCAGAUUCUGGAAGAAACCCACCCCCCAAACCCACCCAGCAUAGGGACAAUCUAGCAUGACCUACCCUGCACCCAACCCCAGACCGGUUUCCUGCUGUCUUUUCUCUGCAGCAUGGUGCUAGACAAUAAUUCCUUGCACUCUCCAGAUCACCCUGAUCUAGAACGUCUCUGAUCCAGAACACAGUUGAAAGGAGAUUUGAGUUGAGAAAAGACUUUGUAUGUGAUCCUGCCCUGUUCACCUGACUGACCUCCUCCUCCAGGCCCCUCAAUCCAUGCCUGCAACCCCCCCAGCUCUGCCCCAAAUCCAGUCUGUGGGGUCUAGAUCAGCAUCUAUGGUGUGGGGCAGGGGCAUUGGAGGCGGGUCCCCCUGCGGGGUUUGCUGCACCAUCUCCUGGGCAGGAGGAUCGGACCUGAACUUGCUCUGCUCUGGAGCAGCACGGGAGCAGGGGGGGACGGAUGGAAAUCUGUGACCUUUAUCUGUGGAUCAAUCCAGACCAGCGCUCGAGAGCCGAUUCCAGAGCCCGGCUUCCACGCUGGGUUUUAAACCUGUGUUUUAUUUAAAUAAAAUGGAAAAUUUGACAGUCAA